AUGUCUCAACUCCACACUUCACAAUUAAAAGAUCUUUUCAUCAUUGGAAUUGAUGUAGGUUCCACCACGACCGAUUGUGCACUCAUCAAUCACACACGCAACAAUCGUGUCGAAUGUUCUUUCAAAACUCAAACCACUCGUGAUAUUACGAAAGGAAUUUUGGCAGCCAUUGAGAAGGUGUGUGAACAAUAUAGGAUUGAACAGAAUUCAGAGGAUAUUAUUACCAGCAGCAGUAGUAGUAAUGAUUCUACAAUUGGACCCAAUAUCAUGUGUGUGAUUAUUGGAACCACACAUUUUGUCAAUGCCAUCUUGUCCUUCUCUCCUGAUUUGGAAAGAGUUGGAAUUUGCCGAUUGACUUCGACAGCGAAUGAAUGUUUACCACCUUGUGCUUCAUUUCCAGAUGCAUUACGUCAAUCUGUUUUCGGUGAUUAUUUCAAAUUGGAUGGAGGUUAUGAAGUAGAUGGACGAGAAAUGUAUGAGAUUAAUAAGGAACAAGUUUUUGAAAUGUGUCAACGUUUUCAAUCUCAAAAUUUGACCAAUAUUGUCGUGUCAGGUGUUUUCUCUCCUAUUAAUGAACAACAGGAAGAGAAAGUUGCUGAAUAUAUUCGAGAAUUUUACCACGAUCGUUUGCAAGAGUUGAAAAUUACAUGUUCUCAUACCAUUUCUGAAAUGGGUUUCAUGCAGAGAGAAAAUGCUUCCAUUUUGAAUGCCACUUUGAAAGGAAUUGCUCAGAAAAUUUGUAGAUCCUUCCAAGAAGCCAUUGGUAGCAAGUAUGAUUGUCCCUUCUUUUUGACUCAAAACGAUGGAACAGUCAUGUCUCCAUCGAUGGCCAUGGAAUUUCCAAUUUUUGCAAUUCAAUCUGGACCUACGAAUUCCAUGAAAGGUGCUGCAUUCUUAUCCAAAAUUGAAAAUGCCAUUGUGGUCGACAUUGGUGGCUUAACCACCGAUGUUGGAGUAUUAGUGAAUGGUUUUCCACGUCUUUCCAAUACCAAUGUCAGUAUUGGAAAUGUCUUGACCAAUUUCCGUGUACCAGAUGUUCAUUCCAUUGCAUUGGGAGGAGGUUCCAUUGUUUCUUCUUCUUCUCAAUUAUUAUUACAUCAAGAAGAACAUUCCAAAUCCUUCUCGAUUGGUCCUCAAAGUGUGGGUUACAACAUUUUCAAAGAGGCCUUAAUUUUCGGAGGAGAAACCACCACCACGACCGAUAUUGCUGUUGCUUGUGGAUUGUUAUCAAUGGAGAGUUUUCAAUCCGUUCUCACCCAAAAUCAUAAUGAAACGUUGAGCUCAACAACAACCAAUAUUGAGGAAAUUCUCUCUCGAUUGAAUGAGAAUAACUAUGCACAACAAGUACUCCAUCAAAUUCAUCAAAUGGUUGAGGAUGCCAUCGAUCAUGUGAAAACUUCGUCCACUCCAUUGCCUGUCUUGCUCGUGGGUGGAGGUUCCGUGUUGAUCGAUGAAAAAAAUCGAACCUUUGAAGGAACUAGUCAAGUGUUGAAACCACAACAUUAUCAAUGUGCCAAUGCUGUAGGAGCUGCUCUUGCACAAGUUUCUGGUCGUGUUGAUAAAGUGUUGAAUAUUGAUGUGGCCUCUAUGGGAAGUGACCAUGAAAAUAUGACAACGUCGAUCAUGACUCCAUUGGAUGCACGUGAACAUGUCAUUGAGAGUGUGAAACAACAAGCAAAGGAAAAGGCUAUUAGAAAUGGAGCUCGUCCAGAAACGGUCGAGAUUAUUGAUUUUGAAUGCAUUCCAUUGGCAUACGUUCCUGGAAAUACAUGUCGAUUCAUUUGUAAGGCGGUGGGUCAGUUGGAUGUUUCUGUUGUGAAAAAUUCUUCUUCUUCAGGAUGGAAAAUGCAUGAUAAUGGUCGUGACAACAACAUUCAUGAUUCUACUGAUACUAAUAGUAUCCAACAAGUUGUAGAGUCCAAUAAUAGUAGUCGCAACAAUGCUGCAUUAUCAUCCACCAGUACGUCAUCCAACAGCACAUCCACUAGUUCAGAACCACGAAUCAUGAAUAUCAUUGAAAAUUCGACAUUAUCGAGAAGAGAAUGGAUUCUUACUCCUACCGAUGUUGACUACUUGGAAAUUGGAAGUGGAAUCAUUUCGAGUGGUGGCGGUGGUUCUCCACGACUUGCAUCCAUUGUGGCUCGAAAUUUAAUUCGUAAAUGUCAUCACAACAACAACAGUGACCACUCGAAACAUCAUCCAAUCAAGAUCAUUCAACCUCAAGAUUUAUCUCCAGAUGCCUUUGUCUUACCAUUGGCCGUUAUGGGAGCGCCCUUAGUGUUGAGUGAAAAAUUCUUUGUUGAGGAAUUUGUGAAGGCCAUUGAAACCAUGAAAAACAUGACAAACAAGAAAAUUGAGGCCUUAUUCUGUGCAGAAAUUGGAGGAAGUAAUUCCAUUACUCCAUUAUUAGUGUCAGCAUGGACUGGAAUUCCAGUCGUGGAUGCAGAUGGAAUGGGAAGAGCCUUACCUGAGUUGCAAAUGAUUUCAUAUUUGAUUUAUGGAGGUAAUCAUGUUCCUGCCAUGCUGUGUGAUGAUAAAUCGAAUCAUGUCAUUGUCUCUAGUACAAAUCCAAGAAAACCAUUCAAAAGUUUGGAAGAAUUAUUUAGACCUGUGGUGGUCUCGUUGGGUUCCAUGUGUGGUCUAUUGAUGGCACCUAUUAGUAAGGAGCAAGUGUUGAAAUAUACUGUGAAAAAUUCAUAUUCUGGAAUUUGGAGAAUUGGAAAGAGUGUGAGUAUGGCACGUCACAAUUUCAUGGAUCCUGUGAAGAGUAUAUUUCAAGCUCAUCAGGGAAAAUUGAUCUUUGUUGGAAAAAUUGUGGAUGUGGAUCGAAAGACCACUUCAGGUUUCAACGUUGGAAAGUGUGUCUUGCAAGGAAAUUCUGAAUUCCAAAAUAUGAAAUGUGAAAUUGAUUUCCAAAAUGAAUUCUUGGUUGCCACAUUGCUGUCUACUGAGGAGAGUAGAGAAACAACUACCGCACGACAACGAACAGUGCUUGGAUCAGUACCUGACAUUAUUGCUGUGGUAGAUUCUCAAACAGGAUUGGCUAUUCAAACCGAAGAGUUGAGAUUUGGAUUCCGUGUCUCUGUAUUGUGUUUGGCAUGUCCAGACCUGUAUCAAACUGAACAAGCAUUGAAGGUGGUUGGACCUAAAGCUUUUGGGUAUUCCGAUAUUGAGUUGAAUUGUUUACAACCUGCCACAUUUUCUUCUGUUUUUGAAGAGGUUUAG